CAGGUGGCGCUCUGCAGCUUUAUUGACGGUUACCGAUCAAAACAAACCGAUGCUGCAGAGAGGAGCUGACUGCUCGAGAAGUUCCUCUGAUUAAUUUAAUUAAUCACUUCUAACAGCUGGGAGCGUUCAAGACAAAGAGAGAAGAUGCCAGCAGCGGCGGAUUCACACGGUGUCACCAAAGUCGUGGACAACAUCAGUAGGCUUUCUCCAGAUCUGCUGGCUGAAACGUGUCUGCACAUUCUCACUUAUCUUCGAGGACACACCAGAGGAGUGGAUUCAGCUGAAGUUUCUGACAAAGUUCAGAGAGCUGGAGUCAGACUCGACCAUGAAGCCGUGCAGAACAUCGUGAGAUUUCUCUUGUUAACGUUCAGGUCAGCCGGGAAGAGCAGCCUCUCUGGGGAUGACCUCGUGUCGAAGCUGGAAGAAGGCAGCAACAAGUGGCCCAAAGCUUCCCUUCAGGUGUUGCACAGGUUGUGGAGUGAACACGGUGCAUCGGUGCACGCUCAGCAGGAGGUCCAGGCCAUGCUCAGCAUCAGCCAGUUGGUGGACGUGCAGUGGAAGCUCGGCAUGGCAGUGAGCUCCGACACCUGCCGAUCGCUCAACUCCCCGUACGUGACUCUGCUGCUGAAGAUCAUCGAGCCCUCCGGACAGAUUUCUCAGAGGUCUUUUGAGAUGACCAUCCCACAGUUCCAGAACUUUCACAAGCAGUUCAAGGAGAUGGCGGCUGUUAUGGAGACCGUAUGAAGAUCGCAUGACGCCGUUACACUCCAGUUUACAUGCAAGCAACUGAAGAGCAGCUUUACGCAUUGUUUUGUGUGUCUGAAAAUGUGGAUACAAAAUACUGCAAAAUGUCAGUUGUCGGCUUUGCUUUAGUUUGCAUACACUCCUAAAUAUUUUACUCUUAGGACCUCCAGUUGGUAAAAUAUUUUGUCUCCACUUUAAAUGUUGUGUGCAUCCAAUCACUCUGUUGCCAGUUUAUUAGGUACACCUGCAGUCAGCCCUAAAGGUUCUAAAGUUUGAAGGUGUUGCACCUGUCUGUCUAAUGUAAGUCAGUUCAACAGCACCUCAAACUACAUCCUGAGAAACGACCUUUAAGUUGAACCAACACUUCAGUUUGAACAGUGUCAACAAAAGCUUUAGAACCAGGUUUGAGGAUUUUAUUGCACGUUGGUUUUCAAACUGAGGUCUGGGGGCCAACAAGGGUUCUUGAGUGGGUUGCAGGGGGUCGCCAGCAAAAGGAAGAAUAGAAUAUUGUUAUUGUUGUUGUUGUUGUUAAGUUGUCCAUGUUGUUUAAAUAGGGUGAAGUUAGAUCAUAAACUAAGACAAAAACCUGUCAGAGUGUGGGUCCAUGAUCUAUAUUUUUUAUUUUUGAUCUAUUGUGGGAGUCCUUGACAUGAUAAAGUUUGGAAACCACUGUGUUAGACUGCAUUACUCUGAGCUAGGUGUACCUAAUAAACUGAGUGUAUAUUUCCGCUGCUCAUACUGCUAAACUCUGACUAAUAUUCAAAUUGUGCCUCAUUUUCUAACACUUAGAAUACUCGUAGUUUGCACUAAACUUCAGUUUGGCUCUUGUUUUGCACUUCAUUAGGUACACUCGAACAAUCCAAUGUGAUCCAAAGCAACAGCUCUGCCAUAAAUUCAACUUUUAUGUAGCUUAUCAUUUUUCAGUUCUUGUUGACCCCGUCAGAGAGUUAUUAAUCUGACUAUUGUGUCCAUUGUGGAGUUGAGAAGUGUUUCUAAUAUUCUGGCCACGCCAUUUACAAACACGAGAGGGCCCCUUUAAAUAUAAUGCACUCCUGUCUCGCUAAGACCUCAUUAAUAAACAGAGAGUCGAAUUAUGACCUCUCUGACUGUGUCAACAAAAACUGAAGCAUUAAAAGCUUCAGUGAACACAGCCGUUCCUGUAUUUUUAACAAAGGUUGAAGGAUACAACGUCCUGUAUACUACAUUCAUUUAGUGACUCUGCAGUAUCGGGUUUUUUUGACAGUCCUCGUGUGUUUUGUUCAUGUCUAAAUUAAAAGACUUGUUGUUGUUGUUUGUA